AUGGACAUUGACCUUGCGAUACAUACAGAGAAACCUACUACUCUUACGAUUAUUAUAUCUUCUGAAGAGAAGGCAAAAUUUGAGGAAUAUGAUCGCUCUAACUGCAUGAGUCUUACGAUCAUAAAGCGUGCAAUUCCGGAGUUUCUUAAGGGUGUUGUGUUUAAGGACACCACCAAUACUAAAGAUUACGUUACAGAAAUUGAAAAGUGUUAUGUUAAAAGUGAUAAGGCUGAAACAAGCACUAUUCUUAAGAGCUUGAUUUCAAUGAGGUAUAAGGGCAAUGGUAAUAUAAGGGAGUACAUCAUUGAGAUGUCUAAUCUUGCAUCGAAACUUAAGGUAUUAAAGUUUGAUUUGCAUGAGGAUUUACUUGUGCAUCUCAUUCUGAUUUCUCUCCUGGUUCAAUUCAAGCACUUUAAAUUCAGUUUUAACUGUCAGAAGGAAACGUGA